UGCAAUAUAUAACCAAGUUUGUUAUGUUUGUUCUCUUAAAUAUGUGAAAAAUAAGAAAUCGAGAUAAACAAUUUCACACCAUAAAGAGAUACAUAUCGAAGAUUAGGAUUUGAAAGUGCGGUCAUUUGGCUAUUUGUUUGUUUGUGUCCUUUCAUUUAGCUUUUUUGAUAAUUACUAUAUAUUGAACUGUAAACAUAUCAUGUUUUAAUUGUCUAGUCAAAGUUAUAAACGCUUUUAGUGAGGAGAACUGUAAUGCCUCUUUGAACUUAAAUAACACACAUUUAUCAAGAUUCUGUAGGAGGUAGAUAGGAGGUUAUAUGUUAUUUUUCAUAUAUUCAAAUCCAUAAUGCCAGCAGAUUAAAAACUGAAUGCAUUGUACGUCGCUCCGAUAAAAGCAUCUACCAAAUGCAUAAAUGUAUGAACCAUAUAAACUGUAUAAAACAAGGUAUGAACGUAAAAUACACUUGUACUAACAUUUGAUCUUGCGCCCCCUAAUGGUUAGAACGUUAAAUGUUGUUGUGUUGCUUGGAUACCUGAUAAACUACACAAUCUACAGAGCACCGUGCAUUAGUAUGAGAUGGUUUGAUAUAUCGGCGUGGAGCAGCAACAUAGACAAGUUUGAUUGACAGCGUUUUCGCAAUGGAGGAGUCUGUAAUCCAGCAGCACCUCACACACUAUAAACAGGCCAUUGAGACAGCCCGUGAGGAGCUGGCCACCCUGCAGGCCAAAUACAACAACCUACAAUCACAGUUCUUGGAAAGCCAAUCCAAAAUUGCAUCUCAGGAAGAGACUUUGAAAAGCUUAAAGGAUGCCAUAGAUAGACAUAAAGAGAAAGAGGCGAGACAGGAGUCUCUCAUCAGCUCGCUCAGAGAACGCAACUACAACGCAGAGCAAGAGAUGAUCUCCAUCACCUCCUCCAAAAGCAUCAUGGACAUGAGAAUACAGACUCUUACAAAGGAGAACAAGGAGAAAAUAAUGGAACUUGAUAUCAAGUCGAAACAAUAUUUUGCAGAAUGCAGCAAGGCAAAACAGGAAGCCACUGAGACCCAGAGAAGAUGUGACGAGUUUAUAUCAACAUUAGCAAACAAAGCCUCUGUAAAUAUGGCAGGAAAGGUGGAUCCUAUGGAUUAUAUUGUAUCUGUGGUGGAUGCAUGUUUCAAGGACAGAGACCGGCUGAAGAACUGUAUUUGUGCUUUAGAGGAGAGUGUGAAGUUGUAUGAGGUGGAGUGUAAAGCCAGCAGAGAAACAGUAAAGAGACUGGCGACUGAUGUAGACCGUGAACAGACGCUCUCAGCCUCCAGAGCAAAUGAACUGAACUCUAACAGACAGGAAUUGGAUCUAAUCUCACUGAAGAAACUAAGUUUAGAAAGGGAGAACCAGACCCUUAAAAACUCCCUUCAGGAGACUGAACUGGCGCUGGCGUCUGCACAGCAGCGCUGUCGCCACUAUGAGAAUCUGUCUCAAGAUCUGGAAAAUAAACUCCACAGCUGCCAGAAUGAAGCUCAGGCAUCUCACAGUCAUCACGAGGCCUUCAUGAGGAAUGUGGAAGCCCUGCUGGAUGAUCAGUCUCUUCCUGUUCCACAUACAGAGAAUGAUAUAUUGAAGGCACUUACAGCCCUUUGUACCAGCGAGAAAAGUGCACGAAAGUCUCAGAUGGAGAUGGAAAGCAGGCUGGCAGAAGUGACAGAGCAGUUGUCCAGCCACAAAGAGCAUCAGAGCGUCUCAGAACGGAGAAAACAGGAGCUAGUGGACAGAAUUCAGAGUUUGGAGGAUGAGCUGCUGACUGCUGGAGUCUGCAAAGACGGAAUGAAUCAGGACAAACAGCAUUACCUGCGGUUUGUGGAGCAGCUCUCGGAGACGCUAAAAGUGGAUCAUGUUGCUGCAGAUCUGGGAUUUGAUAUGAGACUUGAGGCCAUUCUUUCACGAGCACAACAGCUGACCAGGCAGGAAGGGACGACGUUACUGGAGACCAGGACGCAAAUCUACAGCCUUCAGAGAAAGCUUAAAGAACAUAAGGAGCGUUCAGGAAGUAAAGACCUUCACCUGGAGCUGCUGAGGAGGAAGGUGGUCCAGCUGGAGGAGGAGAAGAGGAGCCGCUCAGCUCUGGCAGUGGAGAAAGAUGAUGCUGCUUUGACCUGUAAGAAGCUCCAGAAGCGGGUGGAUCGACUGCAGGCGGAGCUGAGCACCUUACGCUUCUCCAACACGGAGCUGAAAGCCCAGCUGUCCCACACCAAUGAGCUCAAGAUCAAAGUGAUGGAACAAAACCAAACCAUAGAGGAGCAGUGUAAGAAUCUAGGAAAGCUUGAGAAGAACAAGGUAAAGACUGAGAAGAAGCUGACCACCAUCAAGUCAGAGCUGCAAAACCAGGAACUCAGAUCCAGAGAUGAGAUCCAACAAGCCCAAAGACUCCUGGACACACAGUGUAGUGCCAUUGCAGAUCUUAAUCACAGUGAGAAACAGUUGCUGGACUUCUACACUGUGGUUUCUCAGAUGUUGGGUGUUGACUGCACAGGCUGUGUGCCAAACUAUGAAGUUCUCAGAAGACUGGAGCUUCUGAUCCAAUCACGUCACUGUCACUGUACUGCUUAUCUACACCAGCAUCACACGCCUCGCAUCUGGGAAACUCCGGUUUCCUCCGUAAAUGUUGCUCAUUCUCAUGAGUCCAAACCCCAGGCUCUGCCAGCUCCCCCUAGUACAACAUCUGAGACACCAGUGACCCACGGUGAUAAUAACCUCUAGUUUAAUGUUCAUCCUACUGUAGCUGUACAGCCUGAAUAUCAUAUGAAUUAGAUUCUGAUGUUCUGGUAUCACCAACAGGCUUCUUAACUAGCAUAAUUUCAUGGUUAAACAGCUUUAGCAAGUUAUGAUGAACAGCAUGGCUACACUAGUCCAUCAGAUAGACCAGCACCAAACCAGCUGGUCUGAGAUGGUUGUUUCUGAAGGUUAAGAAAUAUUUCCAGUUUUAGCUGGUAAGCAUGUGCCAGUUAACCUCUGCUGGUAGAUUCUUUAAAGGAUUAGUU